AUGAAUAGCAGUGGUGGCAGUAACGACGGCGGCGGCGGAGGAGGAGGCAUGAUGAUGGGUUUCAGUAAAUCGUCACCUUUUACAGUUUCUCAGUGGCAGGAACUCGAACAUCAAGCUUUGAUCUUUAAGUAUAUGGUUGCUGGUCUUCCUGUUCCACCUGAUCUCGUUCUUCCCUUUCACUCUCACAACUUGUUUCACCAUUCUAUUCCUACCCUGAGUUAUUGUUCCUUCUAUGGGAAGAAGGUGGACCCGGAGCCAGGACGAUGUAGGAGGACCGAUGGAAAAAAAUGGAGAUGCUCUAAGGAAGCAUACCCUGACUCCAAAUACUGUGAGCGCCACAUGCACCGUGGCCGCAACCGUUCAAGAAAGCCUGUGGAAUCACAAACAAUGCCAUCAUCAUCAUUAUCAUCCACUCUUGUCGCUGCUCCCACCACUAGGCCUCCAAACUUCCACAACCUCCCCUCAACAACUGCCUUUGCCACUCAAGAUUAUCAUCUCGAUACCAUUCCCUAUGGGAUUCCAAGUAAACAAUACAGGUAUCUUCAAGGUCUUAAAUCUGAGGGUGGAGAACAUAGCUGCUUUGCAGAAGCUUCAGUUGGAGGCAACAAAGGUCUCCAAAUGGAGUCUCAGCUAGAAAACACAUGGCCUUUGAUGUCAACUAGAGUUUCCUCUUUUUCUGCAUCAAAAUCAAGUAAUAAUUCCAUGUUGCAGAGUGAAUAUCCCCAGCAUUCAUUUUUAUCGACUGAGUAUGGAUCUGGAGAAGCUGUGAAGGAAGAGGGCCAGCCUCUUCGAUCCUUUUUCAAUGAAUGGCCUAAAAGCAGGGAAUCAUGGUCUGGUUUGGAAGAUGAAAGAUCCAACCAAAUAACCUUCUCCACUACUCAACUCUCAAUAUCCAUUCCCAUGUCAUCUUCUGACUUCUCUGCCACAAGCUCUCAGUCGCCACACGAUAACUAG